AUGACUUUUCCAGCCACGGACAAAUAUCCAAAGCCACGGGUGUUCAAGUCAAUCUGUGUUAUGGCCAACAAGAUCGAACAUCUUGCCGCUACUCUGUUCGGAGUCCACAUCGAAAGUAACGCAGGACUUCGAUAUGUUUUUUUCCCUGGCGGGGCUAAGAUCCUACCAGAGCCCAGGCUUACUUUGCGCGGGUGUCUGCAUCGUGAGAUUUCGCCCUAUUUUGGCAUGGAAACGUACCGCGCUAUCGCCGCAAACCCAGAUUUUCAGGAAGAAUUGAAGCAGGGGUAUGAUCGUACAAACUGCCUGUGGAUGGUGAUUACAGGAGACGCUUCCGAAGCCGCAACUUUCUUCCUCGCUCUCGCACCCAGAGAGGGUACUGAGGUCAAGAAUAGACUCUAUGGAUAA